AUGGACUUCUCCAACAUCUUUCGACUCGUCAACAUCGCGGUGGGUGUGAUCAUGGUGCUAGGCGGCAUCAGCCAGUUCUUCCCGCCCUCCAUGAGUUCCAUCAUCGUGGGCGCCUACGUAAUUGUGUUCGGUCUGGUUGUUGCCGGUCUUGAGUUCCUCCCCAACGUCCCCGACCACGCCUAUCGCUACGCUUCGUUCCUCUUCUCGUUCCUGGGCCGUGGUAUUUUCUACAUAUUCGUCGGCUGCAUUCUGCUGCACGACCACGUACUGCGCCAGAUCGCCGCCUCGAUUGUCGGCAUCACCGGUAUCUCCUACCUGGUCCUCGAGUUCAUCCCGUCCAUCGAGCCUCCUUCCAACAUGCGCGAGUCCGACCAGGGCUGGGGCGCCGAGCAGGUCUAA